AUGUAUUCUGAACGGAUCAAUAUCAAAGCUUCCGCUUCACUGAUCAGCCGCGGCAUCGCUGUGAGCUGCUGCCACACUCAGAAUCUCAGCGGGCUCCUGCGCGACGUGUACGGCGUCGGUGUCGGUGCGCGGCGUGGCGUGGCGGCGUGGUGCGGGCGGCGAGCGGGCGGCGUGCGGCGCGGGUCGGCGGAGGGGCCGGCUGCGGCGGCCGCGCCCGCGGGCCCCGCGCCGCGCAGUCCGCCCGGAGCCCGCCGCCGCGCCACACCGCCCGCACGCCCGCACGCCAUGGAGAUGGAGCACUUCAUAGAGACCGUACGCAAGUACCCGUGCCUGUGGAACACGACCGCCAUCGAGUACCGCGAUCAGGAGCUGAAGGACGCCGCCUGGACGGAGGUCAUGAAGGAGACGGACCUGGCUUCAGUAAAAGAAGUAAAAUUAAAAUGGAAGAAACUGCGCGAUAGCUACCGCGACGCGCUGAAGCGGCAGAGUGAGAUGCUGGCUAAGGACCCUGGCAACCCCGCCAAGAAGAACUACCCGUGGAAGUACAUGGGGCUGAUGCAGUUCCUACAGCCGCACAUGAGCGUACGCAAGAAGCCGGCGGAGUCGCCGCAAUACGCGCCGCCGCCGGCCGACGCCCCCACGCACAACGGCGACGCGCGCUCCUCCGACGACUCUGAUUCCGAGCCUGAGGCUUCGCCCAAGCGUAAGAGCUGCGAGCAGCUCACCGUCAUCGACCGCAAGCUCGACUACCUGUGCAAGGCACAGAGCAAGCGCCAGUUCACUGACGCGCAGUACCAGGAGCGUAAGCGCGAUCACCCGCCGCCCGCCGUGCCCGACCCACUGGACAUUUUCUUCAACAGCAUGUGUCAGUCGACCAAGAGGUUCUCCUAUCCGACUCAGAUCAAGAUAAAGAAGACGCUGUUCAACGCCGUGAUCGAGGCUGAGGAAGCGCUGAUCGCGGAGCAGCAGAGCUACGCGAGCCUGUGGGCGCGCGGCGCGUGCAGCUCCUCCAGCAGCGAGGGCGGUGAGGCGCCCGACGCCGCCGACGACGACGACCGCAAGCCCUCC